UUUUUCUUUGUUUUCUAAUUUUAUUGAUGAUUGUUUCCGUUCAUUUUCUUGCAGUAAAUUGCUAACUAUUCCCAGGAAAAGUUUGGAUUAAGAAAAGUCACCAGAAUCCUGUAUAUGGCUCACGUGUUAGAAGCAAGCUCUGGACAUCAUGCAGUUCUAGACGACCUUGAGUCUCAGCAAACUGCAGUGUUGGUCACUGUUAAUUAUAAAGGAAGAAAAUAUUGGCGUCAGUUAUAUAUAAUUCUCAAAGUUCGUAAGAUCUUUGUCUCAAUCAGACUAGUCAAAGCCAAGGGAAACCAAAGACUCAUCUCCUCUUCAGCUCUCACUUAUGGUGCCUUGCCCAGUACUACUGCUGCUUAUGACGUGGAAUCAGAGGAGAUAGAAAGCACAGAACUUCCAACCCCAGCACCUCAAGUUUCACAAGAUGAUGCUCGUUUGGACAUAGUGGGUGACACUACUAAUGGUGAUGCAGAACUCCAACGCGCCAACAUUGCCAACAUAGUAAGGACCAAAAACUUAUUCUUCUUAAACGAUUUUGGAGGCAUCAACGGAAUCGCACAGGCUCUCAACACCGAUUUAGAGAACGGAAUCCCCGGCGAUGAAAAUGAUCUAUAUUACCGAAGAGUUAAAGGAACUCCACUAGUCUCUAUUCCACAAGCAACGGAAGCUCCUGCCCCGGGCUUUUUCGGCUUUCUUGGACGGCACUGCAAUGACUGCACCAUUCUUCUUCUAUUUUUUGUUGCGGUGCUUUACACCGGAUUCGGAAUCAAGAAAGACGGACCGAAGACUGGCUGGUACCAAGGGGUGAUCAUAGUCCUUGUCAUUAUCAUACUUGUGGCUGCUCCAACAAUACGUGACCUAUGGCUUAAACAUUCACGCAGGAAAAAAGUGGCCAAAGAUUUGCGAGAGCAAUAUGAGGUUGAUGUGUUUAGAGGAAGAUGCCUACAAAAAGUGUCCAUAUCUGAGAUUGCGUUAGGCGAGGUGGUGCGCUUGAGCGAAGGAUCUCUAAUCCCUGCUGAUGGGUUGUUUAUUGGUGGCGAUUUUCUUGUGGUGCAUGAUGGUUUGGAGACUUCCAUUGAUGAAGAAUCUCCAUUUCUCUUUCAUGGCUCAAAGGUGAGUCAUGGAAGUGGACGUAUGCUAGUUACUUCUGUGGGAACCAACACCGAGUUGGGUGAGGCGAUGAGUAAAGUGGCCGCUUGUACUCCUGAGGGGAUAACGUUACCAGCUCAACUUGACAAGUUGAGGAAGAUCACGCAGAUUGCCGGGCUCUCAAUCUCGAUUCUCAUUGUUUUAGUGUUGUUACUCAGCCUAAUGCUCGGCAGAUCAAGUCGCGUGGCCAAGCCGGAUCUCCCAGAGCUCAAGAGCAAACCGUCUGCAAGCGUGGAGAUCAUGGAUAUCAUAGAGAGAGUUGUCAAGAAUCCGAGUGAAAAGGCCAGCAGUUUCAUAAAGGCUCCACUUGCCAUAGUUCUAGUGGGAGUUCUUGAAGGAAUACCUUUUUUGAUCACGCUAGCCGCAAUUUAUUGGAGAAAGAAGAUGUUGUCUGGGAAGGCCUAUGCUCCUGGACUGUUGGAUUGUGUAAAGAUGGGCUCGGCCACAACCAUUUGCACUGACACGACUCCAUUGAAUUCGGUGGAUGUCGACAUGUGCUUCGUUGGUGAUGAUGAAGUCAUCAAAACGGGCUUCAUUGAUGUGAUGGAUGAAGAGCUUCGAGUAGCUUUUUGUGAUGGUAUUAGUACCCCACUUGUUAUGCCGUCGAGUCCUCGCAGGGUAACAGAAGAUCCUCUCCUUCCAUGGGCUGCAUCAAAUGUAAAGAUGAAUCUUGACAUUUUGAGGCAGAAUCGCAGAAUUGUGAAGACAAAAGGAUUGAGCUCGAAUGAAGAAGGAAGUGGAGUGUUGUUGAAGAAGAAUAUUGGUAAUGGGAGAGAAAUCUUGUGUUCGCAUUGGAAAGGGCCUGCGGCAACAAUAUUGGCCAAGUGUUCAAGCUACUACGACAGAAAUGGGGAUAUAAACGUUUUGAAUGAAGAAAAAAGAACGCUUUUUGAGAGAAAUAUUGAGCAGAUGCGACGUGAAGGUCUCAAAACCGUCAAUUUAGCUUGCAAGCAAAGUGACAAUCAAAUGCUGGAAGAAGAAAAUUUGAUCUUGAUAGGAAUGCUAGGCCUGAAUAAGCACAAAUGUUGUGUGGAGACAAAAGAAGCACUUAAAGCUUUUCAAGAUGCUGGAGUAAAAAUCAAAUUGGUUUCAGAACGUGACUUGUUAGAGCUUCAAGACAUAGCGAGUGUCUGUGGAAUUGUUCCCACUGGCGGAUUAAUCGUGAAAGGCGAGGACUUCAGAAACUACGAUGAAGAAGAGAGGAUGGAUAAAGUAGACAAAAUCUAUGUGAUGGGUAAUGCUCUUCCUUCUGACAGGCUACUUCUAUUGCAAUGCUUGAAAAAGAAAGGCGCCGCGGUGGUGGCACUUGGAACCAGUACGAAGGAGUCCCCCGUGCUAAAAGAAGCUGAUCUCGGGAUCGCAAUGGGGACUUGGAGCAGCGAAAUGGCUAGAGAGAGCUCUGACAUCAUU